ACAACUUUUGAGAGCGUGGAGGUAUUGACAAAUCAUCUUGCACAGCCAACGCUGAUUCCAAAUCGCAACCUUCUCCCUCCCUUUUGCCUAGUCCAACCCGAUUUCCUCUCUCCAACGGUCGGUCGUGUGGAAUCAAUAAGAUGCUUAUACAAUCGUCGUAGAAAGAAACCCGAAAAAAAUACAUAAGUAGGCCUCGAGGCGUGCGGCGUGCUUCGUGCUUCGUGCUUCGUUGAUACCUCAUGCGAUCUCUGCUGCCGUUCUCCAAUUUGCCCCGUAUCUUCAUCGCCAUCGACUCCACUCGAGUUCAACCCUCAGCUUUCCAGUCCCUCCGUCGGCGAAGCCCUGCAACGAUAAAACCCAUGCCAUCCAUUCCCUUUCUCACCAGUCUUUUCGGCACCAGCACCAGCUCCAGCUCCAGCUCCAGCCCCAGCUCGUCCAACACCAUGUCCUAUCCCGACCAGAGAAGCUCUGACCAGUGGCGCGCCGUUCUAACCAAGGAACAAUUCAGGGUCCUCAGAGAGAAGGGUACUGAAGCCCCGUUUUCCGGGAAGUACGAUAAGUUCUUCUCCGAGUCUGGAGUCUAUACAUGUGCAGGCUGCAAUGCUCCCCUGUAUAAGGCGAACCAUAAGUUCAAGUCUGGUUGCGGGUGGCCGGCCUACUUCGACAGCAUUCCCGGUGCCGUCACGAGACACCACGACAACGCAUUUGGCAUGUCACGAACCGAGAUCUGCUGUGCCAACUGUGGAGGCCAUCUCGGCCACGUCUUCAAGGGCGAGGGUUACCCAACACCAACCGACGAGAGGCAUUGUGUCAACAGCAUCAGCUUGAAUUUUUCACCCGAAGACAAGCCAGUCCAAUGAAGCAAGUAAACACGUUAUAUUGAAGUUGAGCGAUACUAUUCGAUUUUAAAUGCGUUCCUGGGCAUCACCCAUAUCAGCCAAAUCCUUAACCGUCAAUACCGCAUCACAUCUCUCAUACGUCUCCAAGUGGCAUGGGGUGAACCUGCCCAAUUUAUAUUCAGUCCAUCUCUAUGCCUAGGCCCAGAGCGGCGUUGGAGUGCGACGUUUGCCUCAGCCAUAAUCAUGCGAGACCACGUAUUCAAAGGCCAUUUACUUCCUCCUCGUCUCCGCCAGUAUACAUUC